AUGCAUUUAAAGAAAUCAAGUAACACCUUGUCCGACUUUUCUUCAGAGACCAAGACUGCACCACUACAGAUGAUGAUUCCGAGAGAUACAUUUCUGAUACUUCAUGAAACAACCAUGAAAUGCAAAAUCAUUGAACUGCCAUAUGUAGAAAAUGACCUCAGCAUGUUCAUUGUCCUACCAGAUGACAUCAGUGAUAACACUACUGGUCUGGAGCUGGUUGAAAGAGAGAUGACUUAUGAGAAAUUGGCUGAAUGGACCGAAUCAGACAGCAUGAUGAAAGCUGAAGUGCAACUGUACCUGCCCAAGUGGAAGCUGGAGGAGAGUUAUGACCUGCAAUCCUCUUUGAGCAGCAUGGGGAUACAAAAUGCUUUUGACCCUGUUCAGGCUGAUUUCACUGGGAUGUCAGCUAAGUAGAAGCUUUUCAUCUCAAGAAUUAUUCACAAAGCUUUUGUGGAGGUCAAUGAAGAAGGUACUGAGGCAGCUGCUGCCACAGGUGUCCUGAUGCUGAGGUCAAAAGUACCAACAAUGACUUUUAAAGCUGACCACCCUUUCCUCUUCUUCAUCAAACACCACAGAUCACAAACCAUCCUCUUCUUUGGCAGGUUCUGCUCACCCUAGUCAGUGACUCCUUACCCUGCAGAGCAGGAGGCACUUGUCAGCCCAAAUGCAAACACCAAAACCUGAAACUCCUGCUGCAAUCCUUUCUCCAGCAGACCACGUAUCCCAAGGCCUGAAGCACAGCUCCUCCUAUGUCUCUCUCCCACCUCAGAGAUCCAGCCCCAGCAGCAGGGAGUGCACAAUGCCUUGCAGUCCUGAUUGCCAUUCACACCAGCCAGCCAGGAGGAUCUCUGUCCCCCAG